GAUCAAUAUCGCUCCACACCGGGUCCUGGGCGUAGUUUAGGAGUUAGUUAGUGAGUUGGUAGACAGAAGCGGAACUAGCAGCCCGGCUAGCACGCUAGCUCGGGUGACAAGUUGCCCCGGUCCGGAUCGAUACCUGAUCACAACCUUCCAGCCAUGCCUCAGAACAUUGAGCUCGGUGCUGCGGGAGGAGCCGCCAACAUGGACGACAUGACCGUGGAGCAGAUGGCGUACAGGGCCAACCAAGUGACCGAUGAGUCGCUGGAAAGCACUCGGAGGAUGGUACAGAUGGCAGAGGAGAGCAAGCAGACUGGCGUCAACACCAUGGUGAUGCUGGACCAACAAGGAGAGCAGCUGAGGCGCGUGGAUGAGGGCAUGGACCAGAUCAACCAGGACAUGAGGCAGGCUGAGAAACACCUGACUGACCUGUCCAAGUGCUGCGGCCUCUGCGUGUGUCCCUGCGACAGGGUCUCAUCGAUCGAGAACGACUCUCGUUACAAGCGCACCUGGGCCGCGGGAGGAACCGAGCCCGAGGGCAACGGCAGCGGGUCAAAGGUCAUCUCCAGUCAGCCGUCAGCUGUUCGCAACGGUCAGGCUGCGCAGGUGAACGCGGGCGGCGGCGGCGGCUCGGGCCAGUACAUCAAGAGGAUAACCAACGAUGCUCGCGAGGAUGAAAUGGAGGACAAUCUGGAGGUGGUGGGGAGCAUCAUCGGCAACCUGAAAAACAUGGCUGUGGACAUGGGGAAAGAAAUAGACAACCACAACUAUCACAUCGACAGGAUCAACGAUAAGGCGGAGAUGAACAAAGCACGCAUUGACGAAGCAAACCAGAGAGCCAACAAGCUGCUCAAAUAAGCCAGGGAUCAUGCUUCUGCCGCUUCGACCCGUCAGCUCUGGGCCUCUUCUGUCAUGUACAUGCACACUGUAUACUCACACACACACAGACACACACACAGACACACUCUUGAACAAAUCCUGCCCCGGAGAUGUUUUUUUUUUUUCCUUACUGCGCUAAAAAGGUGUACAGAAAUGUUGAAUUCAUCCGCCGCCUCACACCCAAGCAGCGCCUGUAAAGGUAUCAGGUGACCUGCCAAUCAGCCGUGACAUCAUAUCAUGAUGCGAGCGAGGGAAAAACGUUCUCCAUCUGUGCCUCCGUCUUCCUUCCUCUUCACGUAGAGAGCCGUGAACUGUGGGCGUGCCGCGAUGCGGACGAGGCCGCCCAUCCCCCGUAUCCCAGGCUUGAUGUGUAAUUAAGUUAAUUGUAUCUAUUAUUUUGAAAUGACGUGCCUAUUUAAUUAUCCGUGAAGUGGGAACGACCUGUGAAUGAAGCCGUCUUCGUCUUAACGCUUCGUUCCUGUGACGUUUUUGCCAUUUCAGAUGUUACACUUUCUGAGUGACGUCGUUCGAACCCCCUCGUCUUGAACGACUGCAGUUUUAAUGUGUAUUUGACUAAUUCAGGCUCAUGAGGUUGAGAUGCUUAAAAUGUAAAAAUAACAGCAAUCCUGGAAAUAAACGAUGCAUCAUGUUAACGUGCUCUUUCACUCUGACUGCACAUUUUGAUGUAAAUAUGAAUACAAACAGUUUUUAUUGAUUACCUGUUGCCUUCUAAUUUCAUCCUGUCUUAAGUUUCUGGUUAAUAAAGGCUGAUGGCAGAUUUAAGUUUUGAGUUUGGGCAGACGAUGGUUCAGGAACCUUUAAGGUUGUGUUGUAACAGCCGUUGUGCCGCUAAAGAAUCCUCCUGCAUCUUCUCUGGGAAUUUGUCCUUGUUUCCCCCCCGUCAAAAUGAUUACCGAGAAUUAUUUGUUUUUGUCAAAGUUGAGGAAUAACUGCUGGCAGCGAGAGGCGCAGACGUACCCAGUAUGUAAAUGAAGUCUGGUUAAGGGGGAAGCGCAGAAGCUGACUACGUCCUGGCGGGGCUGUCCAGGCACGAGCUGAGUUAAAUUGGCUGCUGAUAAAGUAAUACUAAUAUGCAGGAGGUAUUACCGGUUUGCAUCUGCCGGCUCAUUGGAUUUAUUUGCAUCCUCCGCUGCAGGGAAACAUCUAUGGAGGGUGUAAGCAUCUCUCUCUCUCUGGUCAGCUCAGACGUCUCACCCUCAAGCUCCUUCUUGUCCUUAAAUCUGUGUGUAACAAAUCACCACUGGAAUGUAAAUACAACACUUGUUUUUGUCUGUCUUGAACGUGUUCAGCUUAUCUGAGCUUGGUUAAAUGACGAAUAUUGUAAGAGAAAGUAUAUCUGCCUCUGUUAAAUUGCUUUUGCUCAAUAAAUCUGUUCUGAAACUCA